AUGGCUCGCACUAAUCAUUCUCGCAAUGGCGCAGAGGCUUCUGAUGAUGAUACUAUUACCUUAAAACGUGAGGUGUCGAUGGGCAACAAUUCAGCAGAAGAGAUGAGUUCAACCGGGUUCACCAACAUCAAGGACGAGCUGCCUUCCCGGACCAGUACACCCGCUUCCACGUCUAAUAAGUCAGACAUUCAGCACUCAUCUUUCGCACAGAUAGCAAAAACGGAACCCGAAACCGAGAUUAAACCUGAAGUAGACACGAGUUUCAAAAGCGAGUCGCCUAAAAUGGCAGCCCUCAUCUCGAAAAAAGGUAUUCGUACGUCCAAGAAGAACCCUCCACGAGUUGCACCAUUAUUCGACCACCUGCCAGAUGCCAGAGAUGAAGCCAACAGCGCCUACACCGUGAUUGAUUCCUGUAUCUACCAGAACAAAUACUUGGGUUAUACUGAACAUGCGAUGGAAUGCGAUUGUUCCGAAGAAUGGGAUUCUGCGACAAAAUCGAAUCUUGCUUGUGGCGAGGACUCGGACUGCAUCAAUCGAGCGACGAAAAUGGAGUGUGUCGGGGAUUGCACCUGCGGUCCCGAGUGCCAAAACCAACGCUUUUGGCGUCGCCUUUACGCUAACGUCUCGGUGAUCAAAACUGAAAAGAAGGGCUACGGUCUACGUGCAAAUACUGCCCUCAAGCAUGGCGAUUUCAUAUUCGAGUACAUUGGUGAAGUCAUUCCAGAGGGUACGUUUCGCAAACGUAUGCGUCAAUAUGACGAUGAAGGCAUUAAACACUUCUAUUUCAUGUCUCUUAGCAAAGGUGAGUUUGUCGAUGCGACCAAGAAAGGCAAUCUUGGGCGGUUUUGCAACCAUUCCUGCAAUCCAAAUUGUUAUGUCGACAAAUGGGUGGUUGGAGACAAACUUCGAAUGGGCAUCUUUGCCGAGCGAAACAUUAAGCCUGGGGAGGAACUGGUUUUCAACUACAAUGUCGACAGAUAUGGUGCUAACCCACAACCCUGUUAUUGUGAUGAGGACAACUGCACUGGAUUCAUUGGAGGCAAGACGCAAACCGAGAAAGGAACUAAGUUAUCAGCUGCAACGAUCGAAGCUCUUGGCAUUGACGAUGAGGACUGGGAUACAUGGGAUACACUCACAGCUAAGAAGCCAAAGAAGAAGAAGGCUGCAGAAGAUGAUGACGAGGAUUAUGUCGAGCGCGCAGAGGCUAGGAGCCUGGACGUCAACGGCAUUACCAAGGUCAUGGCAGCCUUGAUGCAGUGCAAGGAAAAAUGGAUUGCAGUCAAGCUUCUACAACGCAUACAACGUUGUGAAGAUGAAGACGUGCUCCAUCGGAUCGUAAAGCUGCACGGGUACAAGAUUUUGAAUUCACAGCUAUCAGCUUGGAGAGACGAUGACAACGUUAUGAUACAAAUAUUGGAGAUCUUACAGAAACUUCCAAGAUUAACAAGGAACAAAAUUGUCGAUGCAAAGAUCGAAGCGACACUUGAACCCUUGAAGGAGAGCUCGGACGAGAGAGUAUCUUCAAUUGCUGGUGAUCUCUUGACAACAUGGUCGAAACUGGAACUUGCCUAUAGGAUACCUCGUAAGGUACGCACUGCAGUUGAUUCUUCCAGCAAUUCAACUUCUGUCAAGUAUGAACGGAGAGAAUCCCAGCAGCAGAGGAGAAGGUCGAGGUCAAGAUCAAGAUCGAAGAGCCCCCCGAGGGGCCCGGCCAAUAUUCCCAAAGGCCCUGCCAGCAUGGGUGUACCGACUGGCCCGCGAGCUGGACAGAGGCCUCUUCCUUUCAGUCGUCCACCAUCUGCACCUUUCGUUCGUGGACCUCUUCCAUUACCUACUGGCUGGUUCCAAGCGACGGAUCAAAGUGGUCGAACAUAUUUCUAUUCAGCGUCCGGAGAGACGACCUGGAAACGCCCAUCGCAGCCAGCUACCAAACCACCGCCUCCUCCGAAACAGCCUUCUCAGCAGGACAUGCUGAAGUCCAUCAUCGACGGUAUUGUAACCUCGUCUGACAAGGACAAAAAGGAUGGUAGACACUCGACGCCUGAUACACCUACAGAGGAGAAGAAGGACAGCAAGGCAGAGAAGUGGCGUUCGCUGGAUGAGGACAAGCAGAAGAAGAUAUACGAGAAUACGUUAUUUCCCCACAUUGCCCACGUUAUGAACAAGUAUAAGCACAAAAUACCCAAAGACGACCUUAAGCGCUUUGCUAAAGACCUUGCGAAAAAGCUUGUGGCUUCCGACUACAAAAGUGGACGGGUAACGGACCCAACAAAGAUUUCCGAGAAGCAGCAGAAAAAGGUCAAGCAAUAUUGUAAGGACUAUUUCGAAAAGGCCGCCAUCAAACACAAGAAGUUGGAACAGGAACGCACUGCAAGAAAAGAGAAGCAUGCAAAGUCUGGCUCGUCCCAUAUCACACCAGCCCAGUCACCCAAACCCUCGACGACUGGGACACCUAAGAAGGAGGAAGAUGACGAAGAUAUCAAGAUGUCUGAUAUCGAGGAUCAUGAAGAUUCAUCGCCGUCCGAAUCCCUGCAGAACGGAAGUUUGAAGCGAAAACGCUCACUCGAAAUCGAAGGACUCAUCAAGGGAGAACUUGAUGAUGGAAAACUUACCAUGUCGCCUGCGAAGAAGCCAAACAUGGACGCAUCGUUCCCAACACCACCACCGCCGCCACCACCUGCACCUCCUGCCGAUACACCGCCUGAUCAUAAUACACCAGAAGCUGAAGAGGACGCGCCAUAUGAACAGCAGGUCGAUCACGAACCGGACGUACAUGCCGAUAGCAGCUUUAAGACCAAAAGCAUGGCUGAUGUUCGUGCAUUAGCACAGCAGAUGGAUGCAGAAGAUGAGGUAGAUUGGGGCAUGGGAGAGGACGAAGCACAGAAUGGAAUCAAGGUCGCCAAUCCCCUGGUAGAGGGACAGCCGGUUUGA